CACACGAACAGAUAGAGCUUGAACCAAGCAGUCGCCGCCGCCACGUUCAAACCUUCUUCUAUUUCUCUCUCUCUCUCUUUAGGUUUACCAUUCUUCACAUUCUCUUUCUUUCAACAAUGGCGUCUUCCCUUCUCAGAAACCCUACCUUCUCAUCCACACCAACCCCUUCUCUUCCCACCUUCUCCUCAACAAUCACAACAACCACACCUCUCUCAUUCCGUUUCCCACCAUCCCCCCACCACCGACGCUCCUCCGUCUCCCUCCGCCUCUCCUGCUCCAUCUCAGAUCCAUCACCUCCACUCCCUCCUCACUCCCUCCGCCGCCGCCGUCCCGACUACAUCCCCAACCGCAUUUCCGACCCCAACUACGUCCGCAUCUUCGACACCACGCUCCGCGACGGCGAGCAGUCCCCCGGCGCCACUCUCACCUCCAAGGAGAAGCUCGACAUCGCGCGCCAGCUCGCGAAACUCGGCGUCGAUAUCAUCGAGGCCGGGUUCCCCGCCGCGUCCAAAGACGACUUCGAAGCCGUUAAGACCAUAUCCGAAACCGUCGGGAACGCGGUCGAUGAGAACGGUUACGUUCCUGUUAUCUGCGGUCUCUCGAGGUGUAACGAGAAAGAUAUUCAGACGGCUUGGGAGGCUGUUAGAUACGCUAAAAGGCCUAGGAUCCACACGUUUAUCGCCACGAGUGAUAUUCACUUGGAGUAUAAGCUCAAGAAGAGCAAAAAGGAAGUCAUCGAGAUCGCUAGGAACAUGGUUCAGUUCGCUAGGAGCUUGGGUUGUGACGACGUUGAGUUUAGUCCUGAAGAUGCUGGAAGAUCGGAAAGAGAGUUUCUGUAUGAGAUUCUUGGAGAAGUGAUAAAAGCUGGAGCGACGACGCUUAACAUACCAGAUACUGUUGGUAUCACUUUGCCUAGUGAGUUUGGUCAGUUGAUUGCUGAUUUAAAGGCUAAUACUCCUGGGAUUGACAACGUUGUCAUCUCAACGCAUUGUCAGAACGAUCUUGGACUCUCUACCGCCAACACUUUAUCUGGAGCUCAUGCAGGUGCGAGGCAGUUGGAAGUGACGAUUAAUGGAAUUGGUGAAAGAGCUGGAAACGCUUCACUGGAAGAGGUUGUAAUGGCUAUAAAAUGCCGUGGAGAUCAUGUUUUAGGAGGCCUGUUUACUGGAAUUGAUACUCGGCACAUUGUCAUGACAAGCAAGAUGGUGGAAGAUUACACUGGAAUGCAAACACAGCCCCAUAAGGCUAUUGUAGGAGCCAAUGCCUUUGCUCAUGAAAGUGGUAUUCAUCAGGAUGGAAUGCUGAAACACAAGGGUACAUAUGAAAUUAUAUGCCCGGAAGAAAUUGGACUUGAGCGAUCAAAUGAUGCUGGCAUUGUCUUGGGGAAGCUUAGUGGGCGUCAUGCACUGAAAGACCGUCUGACUGAGCUUGGUUAUGUAUUGGAUGAUGAACAGCUAAGCACCAUUUUCUGGCGCUUCAAAUCUGUGGCUGAGCAGAAAAAGAGAGUUACCGAUGCGGAUAUAAUAGCUUUGGUAUCUGACGAGGUGUUCCAGCCAGAAGCUGUGUGGAAACUCCUGGACAUUCAGAUAACUUGUGGGACUCUGGGGCUUUCAACAGCUACUGUGAAACUUGCUGAUGCUGAUGGCAAAGAGUAUUGCGCUUGUUCUAUGGGAACUGGCCCUGUUGAUUCAGCUUAUAAAGCAGUUGACCUUAUCGUUAAGGAACCGACAACUCUGCUUGAGUACUCAAUGAAUGCAGUAACAGAAGGUAUUGAUGCCAUCGCAACCACACGAGUUCUUGUCCGCGGAAACAACAACUACACAUCUACAAACGCUAUAACUGGUGAAGAAGUUCAAAGGACCUUUAGUGGAACCGGAGCGGGAAUGGACAUCGUGGUGUCGAGCGUCAAGGCUUAUGUAGGAGCUCUGAACAAAAUGCUCGAUUUCAAAGAGAACUCCCACAAAAAAGUUCUUUCUCGAAACAUCAAAGUCCCUGCCUGAAUGAAAAUAAUCUUUGUGUCAGACCAAAGUUAGUUUUCUUUCUAGGUGUGUUCAAAGUUUGUUUGUCGUUUGUUUAUUUCAAAGACUUGUUACUAUAAAAAACUUUAAAUCUCUAUAUUUGCGAACAA